AUGACGCUACUGGUCAAUACAGUAGUGGUUGGAAACUAUACAAAGCCCACCGUCGAAAAUGUCACCUGGCCAGACGUCAAAGUUCCUGGCAUUCUUGCUAAUGGAACCGUGGAUGGCAAGAACAUCAGUCUUCUGCCCUUCUUCAACGGCGCUCUCGCCUCGACCAACCGUGGCGGAAAGGGAGGCAUGAAAGUCAACUUCCUUGACGAUGGAGGCGCAGCUCCCCUGCUGCUAAACAAAGCGGCCAAUGGAGUCAAUUCCAAGCAAUACCUUCAGUCGUCGGAGAAGAACGCAACCUUCCCCGUUUAUUCAGGCAACCCAUCACAGUACGCAGUGCACAAAUACAUGGACCUCUCAGCCGCAGGGUUCGCAUACUUUGUCCAGCAGGUUGGCCUCGCCGCACGCUCCUUCAGUAUCCUCGAAGACGAUAUUGCCCUCGUCGGCAAGGCGCUGAACGACACAUUCGGCUUCAAGUGCUCGGCGAACACCACCGUCGUCGAGGGCCAGCCGUCGGCCGAGCAGGCAAUCUGCCUGGGAAAGGGCUGCCCCGUGGCAGAUGGUGGGCACCACUGCCCGAAGAAGGAGACUGCCGGAGAGACAAGCGAUGAGCCGACCAUUUAUGCCCUCUCCACCGCCCCUGGUAGAGCUGCCAUUGCUGUCAUUCGAGUCUCCGGGCCUGCAAGCGUUGACAUCUACCACGCCCUCUGCCCCGGCAAACCCCUCCCCCAGCCUCGUCACGCCGCCCUCCGCACCCUUUACGACCCUACCGCACCCUCUCCUCCUCCCCAGUCUGCCAUCCUCGACAGUGCGCUCGUCCUAUUUUUCCGCGGUCCUUUCUCCGUCACCGGCGAAGACCUGCUGGAACUGCACGUCCACGGCGGGCCCGCCAUCGUCCGCGCCGUACUCUCCUCCAUCCCCAAAUGCCUUCCCCCCUCUCGCAAGCAUCACCACCACCACACCUCGAUCCGCUACGCCGAGCCCGGCGAGUUCACGCGACGCGCCUACCUCAACUCGCGGCUCUCGCUGCCCCAGGUCGAGGCGCUGGGUGACGCGCUGACGGCGGCGACGGAGCAACAGCGGCUGCUGUCGGUGCGGGGCAGCGCCUCGUCGCGCCUCGCGGGGCGCUACGACGAGUGGGCGCGGGCGCUGCUGCUGGCGCGCGGCGAGCUCGAGGCGCUGAUCGACUUCUCCGAGGACCAGCACUUUGACGAGUCGCCCGCGCAGCUGGCGGCGUCGGUGGCGACGCAGGUGCGCGCGCUCCGGAGCAGCGUCGAUGCGCACGUGCGCAAUGCCGUCAGGGGCGAGCUGCUGCGGAGCGGCAUCAGCGUCGCGUUGCUGGGCGAGCCGAACGCGGGCAAGAGCUCGCUGCUGAAUCGCGUCGUGGGUAGAGAGGCGGCGAUUGUGAGUCAGGAGCGUGGGACGACGAGGGAUGUGGUCGAGACGGGUGUCGAUUUGGGGGGCUGGUUCUGCCGGAUUGGGGACACGGCGGGGUUGAGGGGGGCGGCUGGGAGCGAGGGCAGGAAAGAAGAUGUCGGAGUGGUAGAGAUGGAAGGAAUCAGGCGCGCGAAGGAGAGAGCAAUGGGGGCAGAUGUGGUGGUGUGUGUCUUCUCUGUCGAGGAGGACCCCCAUACCGGACUACCCAGGUUAUCGUUAAGCCCAGAGGUCGUGGAGACGGCGCGGGAGUGCAUGAGCCAGGGCGGACAGGUCAUGGCCAUCGUCAACAAAUCGGACAUGCUACGAUCAUCCAGCCGUGCUGAGCAGCAACAGCAACACCUCUCAGCCAUUCGCGAGCUGCUGGACCUCCCACCUGAACGCAUCCAUUUCAUCUCCUGCAAGGAAGCUGCUGAAGCCUCUCCCUCGACAUCUUCGCCUGACCCCGGCAAUCUUCAAUCCUUCCUCUCCAGCCUCAUCUCCAUCUUCAAGGAGAUGACCACCCCCGUCGUCCCGGAGCUUGAAGACGUCGCCGCGCCCGACAUGUCCAUCUGGCAGGAAUCGCUCGGCGCGACCGAGCGUCAGCGGCUUCUUCUGGAGGAAUGCUCGGCCCAUCUCGCAGAGUUCCUGAGAGAAGUCGAAGACGGCGAGGCUGAAAUGGACGGAGAGCUGGACAUCGUGCUGGCUGCCGAGAGCUUGAGGGCCGCAGCCACGUGCCUAGCGAAAAUCAUCGGUAAGGGCGAAGCCGGUGAUGUGGAGGAGGUGCUGGGAGUGGUCUUUGAAAAGUAA